AUGGACAACAAUGACACAACCUCAAUCGAAAAUGCUGCUGCUGGCCAAUACAGCCGCAAAACACCCAAGGAAAGAGAUGUCCUCAUCGGCACCUGGUUGGGCUCCGCUGGAUUCGGCCCCGUUAGUGACGAGAACGUUGUUGGCGCAAAGAUCGACGAGACCGGCAUACUCAAAUACGUUGUGCAUAGUCGAAACACACGAGGUGGCGUUCUAGAGCGCCCUUUUCCCGGUGCACAACAGCAUCGUGGUAUUUUGAUGAGAGAAGCCAGUAUCAGAUGGUAUCAUCAUCUCAAACCAUUGAGUGUUAUGGAGAGAAGGGAAUAUGUGAAAGUCCGAAAUAAAUAUGAAUCAGGCUCCACAAUCGAGCUUUCAGGCGCAGAUGAUAUGAAAGCAGUUCGAGAAGCUCAGGAGGCUGUUCGCAGACUUGAGUAUGCUGCUUACCAAGACGAAAACACGACCGACAUGGUUCCAGUCAUAUUACCCCGGGACACAACUCAUCAAGCCUCGAACUCUCUCGAAAGACACUCCACAUAUAGCUCAAGGCAAGAUUCUGUUGAUCUUGAGAGACAUCAGACAAAGAGAAUUAGAUUCGAGAAAGAGAAGCAUGCAACAACAACACCCAUUACUCCAACACAAUAUCCAACAACCGCAACUCGUAAUCUCCCGACUGCACUUGACGUUGCUUUGCUGUCGAAAUCAGUUCCUGUCGCUCCCUCCACCCAGGUAUCCUCGAUUAACAUACCAGCGUCAUCGAAAAGUCAAACGCAAAUUUCCCAUAACGCAACUAACUCCACCAAUACAUCUGACUCACUUGUAGGCCCAGAAGGGGUUUCGCCACUACGAACAUCCCAAGUCCACGCCCCACGCCAUGAUAAGACGAUAGUCCACGAUGGUGUUGAGUAUUCAAAGAGAUAUAACGGUAUGUUUCAGGGGAAGCAUGUUUCAGUGCCCAGUAUUGUACAUAUCGAUGGAGAAGAUUAUCUAAAGUACAUUGUUUCAACAAAAGCGAGUCCGUUUUAA